UGAAAGUGUCAUGUCCACACGUUACAUCUUGCACAAGAAAUGGCAUCACCGAAGGUUUUACUGGAGUGGAGCCGCGUCACAUGCGCCAGUUAUCCCGGUGUGGACAUAAAGGACAUGUCCUCAUUCAGGGAUGGACUUGCAUUUUGUGCCAUCAUCCACAAACAUCGACCAGACCUGAUAAGUUUCACUUCCCUCUCCAAAGAUGAUGUUUAUCAGAACAACAAACUGGCGUUUGAAGUCGCAGAAACAAAGCUGGGGCUCCCUGCGUUGUUGGAUCCUGAAGACCUCGCCUCUGCCGACGCGCCCGACCCUUUAGGUGUCAUCACCUACAUUUCUCAGUUCUACUACUUGUUCAGCAGAAAGCCUUGUGCGUUUCCCUCCAGGUCGAGAUCGUUCCACAUCAUAAAGAGUAAUAAAACUUCAGACGGUCUGAAAAGCUUUAAGAGCUCAGCUGAUCUGGAAACCAGCAGUAAGGAACGAUUCCCUCCGCUGAGGAGCGAGGUGGUGUGUGCUUCGUGUUUUAAGCCCGUCCACCUCAUACAGAGACGGCUGAGUGAUGGGAGGGUUUAUCACCGCAGCUGUUUCAGGUGUAAAAUUUGCAGCUCGUCUCUUUUAGUUGACCCAUACACACAUUAUGGAAGUGAUACCAGCUCCUUGAUCUGCGCUCACCACGUAAAAAACGCUCCAACGUCUCCCGAUGACCUCAGUCAGCAAACUGGAUCUAUUGAUAAUAAACCCAGGUGUGGGUUUCAGACGAGGUUUUCAGGUUUGUACUCUUUGGAUGGAUCGGCUAUCACCAGCGUGCCUCGUUACGCUCAGACUGCGGCGCCCCAAGCUGAUGAAGAACACAGGAGUGUGGUGGACAUGGAGGGACGAGGGGAGGCAGCGAGGACCUCUGAGCUGUCCUCAGCCUGUAGGUCAGGGACAGGAAGACCAGCUCGUCCUGUUCCAGCCCCCAGACAAAGCCUGGACUCCACUUUAGUCCCAGUUCCUGCUCUCAAGAUCAAAAGUGCUCAGACACCGAGCAGCUCCUCUGCUGCAGUCAUCAGGAGGAAGGUACAAACAGAUGGCUGUGUGUCCAUGGAGGACCUGCAGAAGCAGAAGAAGGAACUGGACGGAUGUUUAGAAGAACUGGAACAACGAGGAGUCGACCUGGAGAGGAACAUCAGAGACGGCAGGAACGGUAAAGAAGAGGACCAAAGGCUAACGGAGUGGAUCACACUUUUCCACGAGCGACACAUUACGUUGCACAAAGAUAAAGAACUGGUCUAUCUGAUCAAACAGCAGAAGUUGGAGGACAGACAAGCAGACACGGAGUACGAGCUCAGACGUCUGCUCAACAGACCUGAGACAGACUGGAGUCCGGAGGAUCGAGGUCGGGAGCAGCAGCUGAUGGACGAGCUGGUCACCAUCAUCGAACAGAGGAAUCAGAUCAUCAGCAGCUUGGAUCAGGACGUGCAGAGGGAAAAUGAUGGAGAUGUGUUUUGGGAAAACCAAAUAAGUGACAAAGACUCCCAGAAGGAAGGACUUAUGGAGCUGAAGAAGUCAAAAGGGAAGUUCAAGCCUGCAAAAGUGUUUAAAAAGCUGAACCAUAGACCAGAAAACAGCAAGAACUCUGUGGAGAAAAAGAGCUGAGACUCUCCGUUUAUCAAACCUCAAGUUUUUAGGUUUGUCCUCAUCGAAGCUGAGUCUACAUGAUGUCAUCCCCACCUUGAGAACUGUGGGGAACAGUUCUUAGAAUCAAACAUUUACAGAUUUUUGGUCAGUUACAAUUUGUGCUAAACUUUUUAACAAACUUGGGAGGUCAAAAGGUCUUCAGUUUCAUGAACAUCAAACAUUUUGUGGCCACAGAUGUACAUAACUGGGAAUAUAAAUUAUUUCAGGCACCAGAAGUAGGCAUAAUUUAUUUUUAUAACUUUGAAAUACUACUAGUUAUAACAUGAUCUGGUCACAACAUCUAAUGUUUUCUU